UUAAAGUUUGAAUGUAACAGUUAACAAAUGGACAUACUAUUCUCUUUCUGGUUUGGAAUAGAUUCAAUCAGUUCUUAUGCAUUUGGAAAAUAUACAGAGUGACAUGUUCAGCUCAUUGCUGAUUCAAGAAUUUUUUAUGCAGCAUCUUCCCCCCCUCCACCAUCCUUUUCAAGUUUUUGCAGCCAAUUGAUCAUUGUUCUUGGUUCUCUCAGGUAAAUUACAGAUUCCUAGAGGGUAAUGGCCUCUGAGAGUUACUUCUUCAGUCUUUUAGGAGCUUUACACCUCACAGCUAUUGAUUGGAAUAAUGAGCAUCACUGUAGAUCUGUUGCUGCAAGCUUAGUACAAGGUGUCAAUGCUUUAGAGCGAGAUCGCCAGCAGAAUCGUAAAGGGGCUGAUUCUCUUGCUCCAGCUUGGUGGGAGUUUUUCCAUUUUCAGUUGGUUCUUCAGCUCAGGGAUGAAGUGGAUUCCUCCAUCUUUGGUUCCAUUUUUGAAUUCAAACCCAAGGCUUCUAAUUGUCACUACUCAAUCCAGGAGGCUCCAAGAUAUGUCAUUGCCUUCCGAGGAACAGUCAUUAAUCCAAACUCCUGCAUACAGGAGGAUCUCAGAUUGGGUUUCCUUUUCACCAUUAAUGAACUCCAUGGAACCUCACGCUUUAAGGUUGCAAUGGAAGCCAUAAAGAACAAGGUUGAUGUAGCUGGAGCUUUGAAUAUUUGGUUAGCUGGUCAUUCUUUGGGCUCUGCCAUGGCAAUGCUUGCUGGCAAGAACAUGGCCAAGACAGGAUUUUUUCUCCAAGCUUUCCUCUUUAAUCCACCAUUCUCAUUUGCUCCAAUUGAGAGGAUUGAAGAUAAGACACUGAGACAAGGGAUCCGAAUCGCAAAAAGUUUUAUCACGGCUGGACUCACUGUUGCCAUAAAGGGUCAUCAAUCAGAGGAUCCCUUUGUUGUCUUGUCUCCAUGGAUCCCUUGUUUGUUUGUGAAUCCGGCGGAUGAUAUAAGCUCAGAGUAUGUUGGUUAUUUUGAGCACAGGAAGAAGAUGGAAGAGAUUGGAGCCUCGAAAAUUGAAGAACUAGCUUCACAGAAUUCCACAAGGAAUCUUUUGUUGGGGAAGACUAAAUCAGAACCUUUGCAUCUCCUCCCAUCUACAAAUCUUACCAUCAACUUUACCCCAUCACCAGAUUUUGUAAGAGCUCAUGGGAUUCGUCAGUGGUGGAGACCAGACCUGCAUAUGCAUUUUAAGCUAUAUCAAUACAGAUGGAAGAAAUUUUGA